AUGUCUGGAAAUUCUUCUGAUAACGUUUACCUUUACAGUGCUAGCCAUGUCGCACCGAUCAUCUUUUCCAUCCUUGUCGUCAUAUCGCUCUUCCUCCAUAUCUACCAGUACCUGAAGUACCGUCUGCUAGGGAUGAGCUUCUUCAUGCUUUGGGGUGGCGCCGUCUUCAGUUGCGGCUGGAUCCUGCGUUCAAUCUCGACAUACCACCCUGCAAACCUCAACCUCUUCAUUGCACAGUAUAUCUUCAUCUAUGCAGGACCCCCGAUUUAUGCGACCGCGGAGUAUAGCGUUCUAGGCCGUCUGCUCAGCUAUGUGCCCAUGCAUACACCUUUGCACCCGGAACGUGUGACCUACGUCUUCAUCUAUCUGGGUGCUGCAGUCGAGGGUCUUACUGCUGCUGGAGCAAGCCUCGUAGCGACAACAAACGCCGAUCAGCUCAGUAUCCGUCAGACAGGCUAUACUCUGAUCAGUGUAUCUGUGGUCUUGCAGGGCGUCGUGGAAUGCGUCUUCAUCGGCAUAGUCGCUUUGAUACAUGUGCGAUGUAGAAGAAGCCACAUGAUGACUAGAAUUAUCCGCCGAUCGUGUAUGACACUUUACGGCACCUCAACACUGGUCUUAGUACGCUGCAUCUUCCGAGCUAUCGAAUCGUUCACCACUUUCUCAACUGGAGGUCAAUGCGAUGGUCUUUGUCGUCAGAUGCUGUUUCAUGAGUGGUAUCUUUACGUUUUUGAAGCACUGCCCAUGGUUCUCUAUACUUUUUGGCUCAAUUGGAGGCACCCCGGCUCGCUGUUGCCCAGAGAAAAGAAUGUAUAUCUUGACCAAGAAGGCUUGGUAGAGCGUUUGGGUCCUGGUUGGGUUGACAAGCGAUCUAAGCUGCAUACCUACAUGGAUCCCUUUGACCUGAGAGGUUUCAUGGGCGGCUGUCCUAAUCACGAGGAACACUGGACACAAGGAGAAAGAUGGCCGGAGUAUCACAGGGAAAAGGGAAGCGCUCUGUAA